AUGGGUCCAGCGGAGUGGGCCGCCACUAUUUUCUCGCUUGAGUCUAGGGAAGAUCUCCCCAGAGUUUCUUGUCUAUCAGAAACACGUACGGGUCGCGCCCAGGAUGUAUCCCUCGCUCGCUGGGUGGCCAUUGCUCCUGCUGCUUCCCGGGUGUUUGAUCGACGUGUGAACGUGGACUCUUUGCGAAACGUCUCUCGGUUUCUUGAUAUCUAUGGUCCGGCGGUUGGCGCAGAAAGAGAGGAUACUGGGAAGCCUCUACAGCUCACAUUCCCGUCUCUAGUAUAUGCAUAUCGUUUAUUAGUUGAGGGGAGAAUCUCCAAAGACCCCGGGAUCAUUCAGCUUCCCGAGCUUGAAAAACCUGACAGGAACCUUUUCAGUCUAUGGGCCGAUCAAAAGGCACCACCUCGCCGCUGA